UGGGCUGGCGCAUGUGCACCCGGCUGGUGCACAUAUUUUCUGCUGGCGCAAUGACAUGUGGCCACGUGCUCCUUCUGGUCCUGACCGUCAGUUGCGGUGGCUGCGCUGCCUGGGGAUAUGGAAGAGAGAAGAGGAGACGUUAUGGGCGGCUUGUCCCUUCCUUUCCGCUGUUGAGAACGUGCGCGCAGAAAGGACCGCAGCCGCCGCACCCUUCUUCCCGUCUCCUCCUCCUCUCCCUCUUCUGCGCGACCAGAUUAAGAGGACACGAGCGGCGGCUCUCCCAGCCCCCGCUGCGUCAUCUGCUCCUCCAUUGACGGCAGUUAGGGAUAGCGAAUGUCAGCGAGAAAGGCCGUCGUCGGAGUACGCAGCCGUCUCCCUGUCCGCUUCUUCUGGUGGCGCCUCCCUACCGGAGUCCAUUCUUCUUGGCUUUCAGCGCUGCCUGUUCUUGCUGGGAACUACUGUUAUAUUACGUUCUGCAGUCGUUCUGCAGAUGGGAGGAAACAAUGAGGACAAGGCAGUUGUUAUGCAGAUGUUGAUGGUUUUGGCUGGAAUCAACACCCUUCUAAAGAGUUUCUUUUGUUACCUGAUUGCCUGCGGUGAUUGGUGUUUAUACACCUUUGUUCUACCUACCAUUUCGAUCAUACUUCUGGGACCCUACACGGAUGAACCACAUAUUAUAUGUUGAAAAGAAGGGUAAUUCUACUUGCCUCCUAGUAAUCUUUUCCUACAUGUAAACUGAUGAAUCACCUGGAUCUCGUUUUUGAAGAAAUUCCUCAAAAUCUUGCAUGGAACAAAAGGUGCUUUGAUCGUUGCUUCGGUACUUGGUGAUCUUCUUUACCAUUUAAUAGUUGCUUCAUGUUUCUAUAGGAUACCCCCAUGCAACAUAACAACCAUAGUGAGCAUGUCAAAAGUUUAGCAUGCUUAUUAUAAUUCUCUUAUCUGUAAAUUAUUAUAUGAAGUUUGCGUUUUGCUUGGUUAACUCUUCUUAAGUUCACAUGCUUUUCCUAAAGCUUGGUGCUGACACUCAUAAAUCUGUUGUAGGCUCACUAUAUAAGAUAACGAAUCUGUGUUAUAUAGACUAUCGUGGUAAAGAGGUUUUUAUCAGGUUAUUCAUUCCCAUACAUUGAACCUAUGGUUCUAACUUUUGCCCAUGAUAAAGAAAAUGGGGUUUACUGCUUUUAAGCAACAUCUAAUUAAACCAACAAAAGAUCUAUAGUUCCGCCAACAUACCAUUUUUUUGCUGGUGGACAUACCAAAUUACUCAUAUGUAUCAUAUUAUGCUGCUUCCCAUAUUGUUUUUUCCCAGGAAUGACAAGGCAUUCAGGUUCUCUUUAUAGCUUUCUUACACAGGAACAUAUUGCAAAAUUAAGAUACAUAAUGUUGUUCUACCUACAGGUCUGCCUUAUAUCUACAGGUAUAUCCAUGCAUUCUUUGUUCUUUUUCUUCAGUGAUCUACUGAUCUUCAUGAUUUAGUUUAGUGCUAGAGUUAGCAAAAUCUGUCAUGUAGCAGAUUGUGCUUGACUUCACAUGUGUAUGAUCUAUGAUGUAAUAUGUAUUAAUGGUAUCUUUGUGGUUGACUCGGUUGUGUGCCUUUGUCUGAAUCGAUUGAGAAAUAUCUGAAUAUAUACCUGAAUGUGGUGGUUUCACACAUUAUGAAUGAAGCUACCAAUGAGUAUACCUUGCUUCUGAAAUCAUGAGUGUUUUCCUUCUUUGAAAAGUGAUAAAGUUACAGCGUAGUUUGCUCAGAGGCGUGCAUAACUGCAGAUUGAGCAAGGCACAAUCUGAGAAGAAAAACACAAAAUUAGAAAUAGUGUGUGCAUCAUGUGUAUGUUUGCUCGUGAUAUGUGUAUUUGUUGGCUGAGCGACGCUGUUGGGAGUGCCGGUUGUGGCGCCUCGCCUCGGGAGCCCUUCGACGUGGUGCGCCCCUGUGUCGCCGCAAUGGCCGCCUCACGUUAGACAGGAGGGGAUAAGUUAAUCCCUAAUUAAGAUGCGCAAUUAAGAUCCCCAAUAAAACUGGCAACAUCAUUAUGGAAGGGAAAUGAUUGGAUAACAAAUUGUAUAGAUUUAGUAUCGUAUCAUUUAUUUGUGACUGCAUGAUCUUAAUUGCGCGUCUCUGAAUAUUUUAUGCCCUUGCUCUUGGAAGAUUAGACUGAUGUGGUGUUGCUUUAUAAAUAAAUGACAUGCUAACUUACCGGUUUGGUUUAGGUCUGUAGGCAAAGGCGAAAAAAGAAUCAUAAUCUCAAGUUUAGGCAUGCACAUGGCGACUGAUCACAAAAUAAGUAGGCACAGGUGCAGUAUUGUGAUUUUCAGCAAGAGAAAGACAAGUACAUUUAAUUGUUCAGAUUUUAUACACUUGAACCUUGUCCUAAUAACUACUCCAUGCGUUUCUAAAUAUUAGUCCUUAUAGAGAUUUCAAUAGAAACUACAUAUGGAUGUAUAUAGACGUAGUUUGGAGUGUAGAUUCACUCAUUUUGCUCCGUAUGUAGUCCAUAUUGGAAUAUCUAAAAAGACUUAUAUUUUGGAACGGUGGGAGUAGAGCUGUUGUGAUGUUGCUCUACUAUAAGUGCCUUGCUUAAAUGCUUGGUUAGGUCGAGUGUAUGGCAAUGAGAAGGCUAGCUGAACAAUGCUAGAAAUAACAUUAAUGUGUUAAGCUUCAGAUAAGCCAAAUAUUUUGUGACAAGCUUUUAUGGAAAUUACCUGGGGCUGGGAAGAAAGCAAUAUGUAGCUAUCCUGUGUUGUGCAUGCAGGCAAUGCUUGUGUGUAGGUAUGCCACCUCUGCUAUCUGACUAUCAGCCCCAGUUUUUAUAACAAUUAGAAUUUGUGAUUCUAAUCUGAUUCAUCGUGUUACAGGAUCCUUUGCAUAUUAGCCUCUCCUUACCGGCAUCUGGUAAAAGUUGUGAUCCAGGAGAAGAGAAUGACGGUCUCAUAGCUCUGGCUUUGCCUGGCUGACGGUCCUUCGUGCUCUCUUGGUUUUUCAUUCAGUGGUAGUGAUAGCUUUGGGUGUUACUCUGCACCCUUCAUGUAAUUGUGUUCCCCCAACGAAAUUUAUAAUUGUGAUACUCAGUUUAUUAGAAAAAAUGGACUAAUGGUUAAUGAUCCGGUGUUGAGAAAAAAUAAUGGAAUGUGCAUUGAGUGGCUUUAGUUUUCA